AUCACCUCUCACUGAGGCAGAGCUCAGUCCUGCAAGCAGCCGAAAAUCUAGGAAAGAGGACGACACCUCCGCGGGCAGCUCAUGGAGGAUACUAAGCCAAAGAGAUGUGGAUCCAAGAAUAUCCUGGUCAUUCUUGGUUUCUUAUUUUUCUUGGCUGUAAUUGCAUUAAUCACAGUGGGUCUAACACAGAACAAGCCACUGCCAAAAAAUGUUAAGUAUGGGAUCGUGCUGGAUGCAGGUUCUUCUCAUACCAACAUGUACAUCUACAACUGGCCAGCAGAGAAAGAGAAUGACACUGGAGUAGUGCAACAGGUGAAAAUGUGCAAGGUAGAAGGUCCUGGAAUCUCAGGGUAUGCCCACAAUGUGGAAGCUGUAGGCUUUUACAUAAAUCAAUGCAUGGACAAAGCUAAGCAAGUGAUUCCUAAGGAGCAGCACCAACAGACCCCUGUUUAUCUUGGAGCCACAGCUGGCAUGAGAUUGCUCAGGAUGGAGAGCAGUGACCUGGCAGAGAAAGUCCUAAAAUUUGUGAAACAGAGCCUCACUUCUUACCCUUUUGAUUUCCAAGGGGCCAGGAUCAUCACUGGCCAGGAAGAAGGUGCCUAUGGCUGGAUUACCAUUAACUACUUGUUAGGCAAAUUCAACCAGACGAGCAGCUGGCUCAGAAUUCUACCGGGAAGAGAAGGGCCCCAGGAAACUUCUGGGGCCUUGGACCUUGGAGGAGCCUCCACACAAAUAACUUUUGUGCCCCAAGAUGAACAGAUUGAAUCCCAAGGCAACUCUUUGCAUUUCCGCCUCUAUGGCAAAAGCUACGAUGUGUAUACACACAGCUUCCUGUGUUAUGGGAAGGAUCAAGCUCUCCGGCUAAAACUGGUCAGCAACAUUCAGGACGCAAAGGAUGGACUCCUAAGGGAUCCAUGCUUCCACCCUGGUUAUGAAAAGGAUGUGAACAUAAGUGAGUUCUUCAACACACCCUGCAUCCCAAAGGAUGAGGCAUCAUUUCCAUUUCAGAAACUUCAAAUACAUGGUACUGGAAACUAUAAUGUGUGUCUGCAGAGCAUUCACAAGAUCUUCAACACCACCUACUGUCCUUACUCAAGGUGUUCUUUCAAUGGGGUUUUUCUGCCAGCCUUACAAGGAAAUUUUGGGGCCUUUUCUGCUUUUUACUUUGUGAUGGACUUCCUGAACUUGACGGAUUCUUCUCUGGAAACAGUGAUCACGAAAAUGCAAACCUUCUGCUCCCAACCCUGGAAUGAAGUGAAAGCACAAUUUCCUGACAUCAAAGAGAAGUACCUCAGUGAAUACUGCUUCUCUGGGACCUAUAUACUUGCCCUCCUACAGCGAGGCUAUGGAUUUACUGAACACAAUUGGAAACAUAUCAAUUUUAUGGGCAAGAUCGGUGAAAGUGAUGCUGGAUGGACUCUGGGUUACAUGCUGAACCUGACCAACAUGAUUCCGGCCGAGCAGCCUUUGUAUCCGCCUUUCUCCUAUUCCACGUACGUCUUCCUCAUGGUCCUCUUCUCGCUGAUCCUGGCAGCCGUGUUCCUCCUCGGCUGGCUCGUCUUUCGGAAGCCUUCGUGCCUUCGGAAAGGAGCGGUAUAGCCCGCCGCCUGGGCCCCUCGCGGGAGGACGUUUCUCCCUCGGCCAGCUCCUGCCGCGCUCCUUCGUGGGCGCAGUCCUUACCAGCACCAAGCUUUCCUUGACUUCUGCUGCAGAGCUUUUCUGAGGAGGGCGUUUUCUGGGAGGGCGAUUCCCUCCGUCUUUCCUUCUUUCUCCUGGGUUUUUGUGGGUCACGAGGAUUCGCCAUUUUCCAGAACCUUGCUUUAUUGGGUUGCAUUCAUUUGGAAGAGAAGCGAUGAUAAAGCUACAACUCAGCCCCAGCCGAGGCCUGUGGGACGCAGGGCGAGGCUGAAAGGGCUGCCGGGCGCCGCAUCUCCGGAACUGGCGGCGUUGCCUCGGCUUUCCCUCCAUUCUCCGGCCUCCCAUUUAUGAAGGGUAAAUGGCGCCUCCUAUGGUCUGUAGGGAAGGUCUUCCAGCUGGACCAGGAUUGGCCAAGGCCAAGUAUCCCGGGUCAUCCUCCUCAUUGCUUCCUCCUCAUUGGAUGCAAGCUCCCGGGGCCGCCCUGUCUUUGCCUGCGCAGAUUUUGUUCUUAGAGCUGCUAAACAUACAGACGUUCCAGUCCUAGGGCCCCCAUCACAGUGGAUAUGUCUAUGUCAGGAGUAAACAUAUCGUUUCAACUCAGGGUUGGGAAGAGCAUAUCUCACUGCUGUGCCAGGCCUUAACACGGGGACAGUCAGUCACACCAGCUUUGGAAGAAGUGGAGAAAUCCCUGCCAGCUGUAGGGCAGCGAUUCUCCCACUCUUUCAUCUCAGGACCCCUUCACACCCUUAAACAUUGAGAACCAGGGGGGUGGUUCUCAAUUUUUGAUCGUGUGGAUUAAAUCUGCCGAUGUUUGUGCCAUAUUAGAAAUUAAAAUGUCAGUGUUAUUAAAUUCCCAGACUCCUGGGGGUGCCUGGACCACGCUUUGAAAACUGCUGCUAUAGAGCAACAGGCUAUUAGGUUGUCAUGACAGUCUGCAUAAGGUUAAUCGACAUGCUUCAAGAAACAAUGAUGCAGCCCUUGCCUUGGGACCCAUUUUCUUCUGCAGGAGAUGAGUGAGCUCUUGUUAAUUCUGGGUAGGGUGGGAGAAGGGAAGCGAGUAAAGAAUCUCUGUGUCACUUUCCUCCGUGAACUAUUACAAGUGUUGCCUCAUAGGCAAGAGUAAUGGGGCAUGAUUUUGACCUUGUUCCAAGCUCUCUGACGGUUUCUUCAGUGGGCUCAUUUUUGAGUGGGUGUCGCUUUUCCCUAAGAACAGCACAUCUUUUCAAUAUGUCCAAAUGGUAGAAACCUGUGAGGAAGAAACCACUUUCUAGUCUAUAAUCAUCCCCAGCUGAACCAAUUUGAUCUCAAACAGGAGUCAGAUGCCAAAUCUGGACAUUUUAUUUCUCUUUUAGCAUAAAGCAAUCAAUCAGUGAUGAGAAUCCCCCUCAUUCCUGUUUGCCUUCUUCCCCAAGUCUGCUGUGCAAAAACUAGUCCUCCAGGAAUACUAAAUUCAAGGAUGAAAAACAGACAAAUAUUCACCCCAAGCCUGUGAGAUUUAAUUUACACCUUCGGCAGCUCCAUUUGCAUAGUAGCACAGAUAAUAUAUGAUGUUAAUAGUUUCCUAGGCAUAGCUCUUUAAUGAUAAUAACAAUUCAUCAUGUUUACUUCAUGCUUUAUCAUAGAGUACUGCAUUAUCUUAUUUGAGCUCCAUAACAACUUUGCACAAGAUUAUUUGCCUCCAUGUUACAGAUGAGAAAAGUAAAAUUUAAAGAGUUUAAAUGCAUCAAGGUCACACAGCUAACCUGUGGCAAAAUUGAGAUUCAAAUUCAGGCCUUCUGACUUCAGGUCUAAUGCUCUUUUGCUCUAUACCAUUCAUUUUACAUGGCAAUAUCAUGAAUCUGCCACCUCUAAACAGUAUUUGAUAAUGAUGCGAGAAAAAAUUGAGAGGCUAAAUAAACACUUCUUACCAUCUCAUUAUUAAGUAUCUUGCCCAACUCAUUGUAUUCCAAAGUCAAUUUCUUACAAACUUCAUUAUACUGCGUGGUCACCCAGAAAUUCAAGGGACAAGCUACUUGUCUCCACAAAUCUCAGAAAAAAUUAUGGAUGGCAAUAGGUCAAAUCUCUGCUCAGUUCAAAAACCCAGAUAGAAUCAGGUUAACAUUCAGGGACAGGUAAAGGUAGAUAAAUAUUUUGAUAUUACUUCUAAUUGCAAUUCUUUCUAGAACCAUAGCUCAAGAGAAUGCUCUGAUUUGAUAAUCCCUUUUUGUAAGGCAGGGAAGAGGAGGCUGUAUGUAUGAGUGGUUUUCUAUUGGAUCACAAAAGAAAAUUCAUAGUAAUCUAUAUAUAUGACCAAAAAACCCUAUAUAACUAGUGGAGGGCACUUUUUUCUUUAGAGAAAUAGAAAUUAAUACAACUAAUAUGCUUUUAAUAUUAAAAAUAGAAUACACAGAAGUUUGUUAAUAGAAUAAUUUUUGUCUUUUUAAAUAGUAUUUUAUUUUCCCAAAUAUAUGCAAAGAUAGUUUUCAACAUUCACCUUUGCAAAACCUUGUGUUCCAAAUUUUUCUCCCUUCCUCUCCCUUCUCCCAUCCCAAAGCAGCAAGCAAUCUGAUAGAGGUUAAACAUGUACAAUUCUUUUAAACAUAUUUCCAUAUUUGUCAUGCUGCACAAAAAAAAUCAGAUCAAAAGGAAAACAAAAACACGAGAAAGAAAAAAAAACAAGUAAAUAACAAAAAUCUGAAAAUACUACAGUUAAUACAUAAUUUUAAAGUAUAUAUCAUUUCCAUAUUGGUGUUUAUGAGAAAGCUAGAUCUAGGGUAAGGAAUGACAAGCCAUUCAGAGCAAGAAAAGAAAGAGGUAAAGUAAAAUCUAGGGCAGAGAGAAAACAUCUUUUCUCCCACUUCCCCUAAUGGUGGGAGUUAUGUAAAACCUUAUUUAUUUUUGCCACAACAAAUAUUGUGAUGUAGCUUCCACUUGACAUUUAUUGCAUUUGAAAUUUGAAGUAAUUUUUAACUAGGAUUCUAAUAUUUCAGUUAAGAGUUGUUGUUCAAUUUUCAGGUUUUGAUGCUUUUUAAGUGAGAAUGAGUACCAAUUAUUUGGUAUUAAUACCUGAAUAUUCUGACAAUCUCAGGAAUACAUGGGUGUAUAUACAUAUGCAUACAUAUAAAAACAUAGAAUAUGGGAAACAAAGAAUAUGGAUAUUAGUAAUCAGUAAUUAGUAAUCAGUCUAAUUAAAUUAUAAAUAAAAUUAAAUUGAUGAAUAAUUAUUCAAUUCAGAAACAUAUAUUAAGCCCCUGAUGUUUAAAGCACUGUGCUAGGCACUGGAGGGGAAGGGAAAGAAUAGACAAAAAAAGACUAAAAAAAUUAGUCUUUAACUUCCAAGUAUUUCUAUUCUACUAAAGACAGGACAUAAGGAAAGAAAGGGGAAGGAAAAUGCACUGUCUUCUUAGAGCAAUAUACAUAAAAUAAUGAAAUCAUAAGUCUAUUAAAUGUCAUUCUUAGCUAAGUUAAAAAUACAAUUGCUUGUUAUAUCUGAAUUCCAAAAGAUGCUACGUUAGAAAUCAGUCUUCAACCUUUGAACCUCAAUUGUCAUUAGUACUGAAAUAUGACAGUAACUCAGUGUUAGCUGUGAAAUUGCUUAUGCCAAUUAAUCCCAUUAAUAGAUCCAAUUUAGAAGUAUAUUCUUUCUAAUUAAAGAUUGCCUCUCUUGCUUAGGGCCAUUUUCUCCCCUGAAGGGUCUCUUCAUGGGCUUUAGUCAGAGUAUUUCCCUGUAGUUUAUAUGGUCUCAUAUUUAAAACUGACAAAAUUUCUUAAAGAUUCAUGUAUUUUCUUUCUCGUUUAUGCAUGCAGUGCCCUGUGUAAAACAAAAAACAUUUCAGUUUAACAAAGAUACAAUAAAAUUUAACAAAAGUGGUUUUGUCAUAUGCAUAAAUAUGUUUUAUUAGUGGGAGAAAGGUGUCCAGAAGACAUUUUAUUUUUGCAAAUUUAUUAUAGGCUGGAUCCAAGUACAUAGACAUGGGUCCCACACCCUUCCCUGUAAAAAUCAACAUGAACCUCUAAGUCAGGUGACAUCAUUGGCUUGGUCUCAUGGAUUUUCUCUGAAACAAGGAUGAAAAGAACUAAUUCACCUUAGGCUUCCCUGAGUGGUGCUGGACCUCUGAUCAACACAUAAUUUAUAGAGGUGCUGGCAGAGGAUAACCAUAUUUAGAAGCUUUGCAAAGGUCCUUUUAUUAAAUAAACCUAAUGGUAGUUAGAGUGGAUGUGAACAUGAUGUAGAUUUUCAGACACUAUGUGUGUGUAUGCACUUAUGCAUGAUCUGGUAGUAUUUAAUAGCAUAAUAAUGGCAUUACUGAUGGAAGCAAACAUGUUAGUGGACUCCAUAUUUUUCUAUUGUGAAAAGACAUCCUGCAUAAAACAUCAUCUGAAAAGUUCCUUUUUAUGUUCUGGAAUGAAGUUUUCUGAGAAGCUAAGGCACCCCUUUUCCCUUCUAUGACUUGAGAUGACAGAAGGGAAAAAGGAAGGCACGAAAUGGGAAAAUGAGGGGAAAAAAAGGGAAGGAAGGAAGGAAGAGUGGAGAGGAUGAAAGGAAAGAAUUUGUAGAGAGGCAGGGACAGAGAAUACUGGUAACCAUGCAGAUACUUAACUAUUCAGGAAGUCUUGUUAGAGGAAAGAAUCAUGCUAAAAGAACUGUAUGUAAGAAAAUUGCCUAAAAAUCUAGUCUCUCACCAGGGGAACCCUUGGUUAUUUACUGUUUCCAAAAAUGCACUGAAAAUUUAUAGAAUAGGCCUUUUAAAAGUGUCAUGGUUCUUCCCUCUAUCUCAGCUCCCUCCAAAAAAGUUAGUGGUUCAAUCUUUUCAAACAUCAUUUGCCUUUUUAUUAUCCUUAUAGUAGAAGCUAUAGUGAUUCCCAACUGCAUCAAAUGUAAACUCUCAGUGACAUUAAAGAUUCUUAGAGCAGUUUAUUGGAUUGAUUUUUUAAUAAAACAUCCAUUCUAGCUCAUAAGGUGCUUGACAUAUAGUAGGAUUUAAUAAAUGUUUUUGAAUGAAUGAAUGUUCUCUUCAAUAACUGACAUCUGAAAAGUGAUCCUAGUCUUUGCUUAGGAGACAAGAGUUCAACAAGUAUGAACACAGAGCAUCCAUUGAUUGAUGAAAAAGCUUAAGGAGGAGGGUAAGAACCAUUGGAGCAGAACAAAAUAUGGACAUGAUUAUGUAAACUGUGUAAUGACUUCUAUUUGAAAAUAAUGGGAAAAAACACUAGUCCCUUUAAUGUGGAGAAGAUAUUUUAAGUUAUUUUGAUAUAAAAAUGUAAGCAUGAUGUUGUGCAACACUAAAAAUGGUAAGGAAUAUUAGGUCUGAGUUAAAUGAAUGAAUUUCUAGUCACUUUGCCUAUACUUCAAGCCACUACCAGUAGGUGAACAAUGAUGCCCUGUUAUGUAAUUUAGGUUUAAAUUUCACAUAUUGAAUUUUGGAAAUGAAAGGAAUCUUAGAAAUUUUUUAGUCCAAUUCCCUUGUAUUUGAUAGGUGAGAAAAUGUAGACCCAUUAGAGUUAAAUGGCUUGACCCAAGUCACUCAUCCAACCAAGUACACAGUUGGGCCUAUAGUCAAUGUUUCCUAAUUCCUGAAGUUUUUUUAAAAGGUGAUUAAAAUAGGGUUAUGUGAUCCACUUUGAAUGCUUUUCCUACAAAAAAAAUAUAAUUUUAUGUUAAGAAUUUCUUUUGAACACUGGAAUCCAUAGUAUUCCAGCUACAUCAAAAGUUAAUUUAAAAAAAUAUAUAAAUCCCUAAAUACAAAUGAGCAAUUCUUCCUAAUAGCCAACUGUCUUAAGCUUUUACCCCCUACUUCUAGGCUUCACCAGUACUUUUUGAUACCUUCUCAUUUUGAAAUAAUUAUCUCUUUAACACCCCUUAUAAGAACACUAAUUGCUCAAUUUUUUAAAAUCACUUUGCCUGCUCUUUUAUGCUUUGCCCUUACCACAUAUUUCUGGACUAUUAUUUAAAAAACCAUAAACUUCCCUACAUGCCAGACUCCCAAAACCCAGGUGAAUUAUCCUUCCAUUUAAUAGCAUGACUUUUAAUAAUAUUAAUAUUUAAUACUGUUAAUGAUAUAAAAUGAUAACUGACUUUUCUGUACCACUAUAAAAUAUGCAAACAACUUAUACAUAAUCUUUUAUUCUCUAUGUUAAGAAUCAUCCAGGAAAACAUCAUAUAUGAAAUCAGGUUACACCUAUUUUCCUACAGGAAUCAAGUUUAUAGAAAGAAAAAUUUUCCUAAUUGUGUUUUCAUAAAAGGUGAUUAGUAGAUUUCAUGACAAGAAGUCAAGAAAAUUAUGACAUUACCUUCCUGAUGAUGGAAUGUGGACAUUCUAAUGGCCCAGGAGAACCCCGGUUGUGGCUUGAAGCACUGGGUUUUGUUUCUACCCUCUACUUUUGCUUUCUAUAUCUCAAUUCAAAGCAAUGACCCAAUCCUAAUAUGUCACUUGGUCAGUACUGUUAUAACAUCUUCUAUUACCUGAGACUUAAAAGGGUAAAUAAUAAGUGGCAGUCAUGACAAAAAUUCAGGUCCCCAAAAAUUUAGUUCAUUAAUCUUUCCGAUAUGCUAUCCGUGGAGCUAAUGGUAAGGAAAAAUUCACUACAGAAAUGAUGCCCUAAAAUGCAACUAUACUACUAAUUAAUCAUAUCUUGUUUUGUUUUUGUUUGGUUUUCUCUCAUCUUUGACUCUUACCAUUCCUAGACCAAGGAUUUAAAUGGAAACUUGAAUCACAAACUGUGGCUUCAAAAGGCCACUAAUUGAAUAGAAUCACCAAAAUUAUAAAAUUUCAAAGUAGGAAAGAAUCAUGUGAUUCAAUUUGUACCUGAAUAGGAAUCCCCUUUAAUAAGUGGGCCUAUUCAUCAUCCUCUGCUUGAAGAACCUCAGUGAUGAGGAAUCCCCUGAUAUAGUUCGUUUUACUGUUGUUGGAAUGGAUGGGGGAAGAGAGGAGGAGAAAUAAUUGAAAUCUGUAUUUUUGUCACUUCUAUUUGCUGCUUGGAGUCCUGCCUUUUGGAGUCAAGAACAAAUAUAAUUCUUUUUUCUAA